AUGGAGAUACAAGCACGCACACUCAUUGCCAUUUCACUCUGCGCUCUCUCUUUCUUCUCAGUUUAUUGUUCUCAAUAUCUUACUUCAGAUAGAUCACAACUUCCCCUGUUCGCUUUUAGUUGGUGGGAUGACAAGGGCACAUUCCAGGCCGGUGACACAGCAACCAUCAAAGUAAAAGUGCUUGAGAAUGCUGAUAAGAUUGACAAAAAAGUUUUCAAUCCCACACUAACUGUGAAUGGAAAGGAAGGGAACAGUUCCUAUGUGUCUACUGUGUUGUCAGAUUUCGAAGGAGACCCAAAUGAAUGGAAGAUCUUCUUCACACCCAUCAGGGUUGGAUUGUUUAAUGUACUCAUCAGUGAGGAGCGUUAUAAAGUUGAUGAUUCAUCUUUGCAUUUCCAAGUUGAACCAGGUUUACUUUUUAAACUGUCUAAUAGAACUGAAUGA